UCGUUCCAAAGCCAACACAACACAAAACAAAGCAAACUCAACAUGCAGAAGGGAAUCAUUCUAAUUGUGGCACUUGUUGCACUGGGAGCCAUAGCCGAGGCAAUGCCUCAGCGGUUCGGGCCUUUCCCCCAGAGCCCACCUCCAAAACCACUAUUCCGCCAUCGUUUCCGCCGCCAGGUUCUGGGAGGCUCAUUGGCAUCAAACCCGGCUGGUGGCGCUGAUGCCCGUAUGGAUCUGACCAAGGCGAUUGGCACUCCCGAUCACAAUGCUGUGGUCCAGGCUUUUGCCGCAGGAAACACUAAAUCGGGUCCAGCCACCGUUGGCGGAACUGCGGCCUACAAUAACAAUGGCCAUGGUGCAUCUGUGACCAGGACCCACACUCCCGGAGUGAAAGACUCCUUCCAGCAGGAGGUCCAUGCCAAUCUCUUCAACGACGGCGUGCACAAUCUCGAUGCCAAGGCGUUUGCCUCGCAGAACAAGCUGGCCAAUGGCUUUGAGUUCCAACGCAAUGGCGCCGCUCUGGACUACUCCCACAUCAAUGGUCAUGGUGCCAGUGUGACGCACAGCAACUUCCCCGGCAUCGGUCGUCAGUUGGGUGCCGAAGCUCGUGCCAAUCUCUGGUCCUCGGCUGAUCGCAACACGAACAUUGAUCUGACUGGAACCGCCAGCAAGUGGAUGAGUGGCCCAUUCUCCAAUCAAAGGACAGACUUUGGAGCUGGUCUGGGGCUUACCCAUCGUUUCGGUGGAUAGAGCGGCCUGUUCAAUGAUACAAUUAGUUGAAGUUAUUUAUGUAAAGAAUAAAAUUUAGUAUUUUGUUACCAGA